GUGAUUCAUCACUCUUACACAGACUCUCUAGAGGACGGACAUGGACAACUUGCUAAAGCAACUGGUCCAGGGGAAGGCUCUGCUCUUCAUCAUAGUUCUGGGGCUGGGGGGAAACUUCCAAGUAGGAUGCCACAACACGCUGAUCAGCUCGCCCUCUCCGUUCAUAAAGCGUUUUAUAAACAGCAGUUGGAGUCAGCGCUAUGGAGAAGCUCCAGGAGAGAACACAGUCACGUUCAUCUGGUCCGCUGUUGUGUCAAUCUUUGCUCUCGGUGGUCUUCUGGGGUCUAUCAGUGUCCGAUGGUUCUCUAACCAACUUGGAAGAAAGAAGGCUAUGAUCUGGAACAAUGCCAUCAAUGUCGUAGCUUUGGGCACCAUGGUUGCUUCUAAAUCUGCAAACUCUUUCGAGAUGAUCCUGCUCUCUCGCUUCUUUUUUGGCUUCACUUCAGGGCUGGGUGGAAGUCUCCACAUCCUCUAUCUUGGAGAGAGUUCACCCAAGAAAAUAAGAGGGAUGGUUACGCUUACAGUCGCAACUUUUAAAGCUGUUGGAAAAAUGACAGGGCAGAUCGCAGGUCUAAGUGAGAUUCUGGGCCGGGAGGACUGGUGGAAUAUCCUGCUGGGUGUUCCAGCGUUUUUCUCCAUAAUCCAGAUGGUAACUCUGCCUUUCUUCCCUGAGGCACCGAGAUACUUACUGAUAGAGAAGGGCAACACUGAACAGUGCAAAAAAGCUCUGCAGUGUCUGUGGGGUCCGGGUGAUUAUAAACUGGAGAUUGAGGAGAUGCUGGUGGAGCAGGCGGCUCAGAAAGGAGAGCGCAGUAAGACUCUGCUGGAGCUGCUGAGAGAUCAGAGCGUACGCUGGCAGCUUCUCACCAUGUUCGUCCUCAAUGCAGCUAUCCAGUUCGGCGGUGUCCCAGCGAUAAGUGUCUUUUCUUUCAGCAUCUUCGAGGAGGCAGGAAUCUCAAUUGAUAAGAUCCGUUAUGUCACGCUGGGACUCGGGGUAUCUGAAAUCCUCACCAACUUCACAUGUGGUAUGCUGAUUGACCGUGUGGGCAGGAGAGUUCUGCUUUGGGGAGGUUUUGGGUCCAUGUCCAUCAUUAUGGCAUUGAUCACCCUCACUCUGGAGCUAAAGGAUUACUCCUUCUGGGUUCCGUACAGCACCGUGGGCCUCAUAUUCCUGUUUGUCAUCUGUUUUGGUGGAGGACCAGCUGGGGUGAUACCAUCUCUCAGCCACGAGGUAUUUAUCCAGUCGUAUCGAUCUGCUGCGUUUGUGUUCAUCGGGAUUCUGAUGUGGGCCGGCUUCUUUCUGCUGGGAUUCAUUUUCCCUUUUCUUCUAGCCACUAUGAAGUCCUUCAGCUUCGCACUCUUCUCCUGUGUGUGUUUCAGUGCAUCUCUUUACAUUUAUUUCAUCCUACCAGAGACGAAGGGUAAAACUCCACUGGAAAUCUCUGAAGAUUUCAGGAACAUCAGACUCUGUAGCUCAUCCGCUGAUAACAAAUGCUUGGAGACCAGACUGUAGAAGAAAAAAAAGUCAGACUGUUAUAAAAUGCAACAGAUGUGAAACAGCAGUCUGUCUGCUGAAUUUACGAGAUUUACUUUUUAUUUAUUUUUGUACUAAAAUCAUUGUAGGUGCAUAAAAACUGCACAAUACAUAGA